AUGGGCAAACUCGAUGGGAAAAUCGCUCUUAUUACAGGUGGAUCAGAAGGUAUUGGUUUCUCAACUGCUCAACGAUUUGUUAUUGAAGGUAUCGAGCAUGUCUUUAUUACUGGUCGACGUCAACAAACUCUCGAUGAAGCAAUUAAAAAACUUGGAAAUAAAAAUAUUACUGGAGUACAAGGUGAUGUAACAAAAAUGACUGAUCUUGAUAAAUUAUACGAUAUUAUCAAGAAAGAAAAAGGUCGUUUAGAUAUUCUCUUUGUCAAUGCUGGUAUUGGUGAUUUGGCAUUUCUUCAAGAUGUAACUGAAGAACAUUUUGAUAGAUCAUUUAAUAUCAAUGUAAAAGCAGUAUUAUUUACUGUUCAAAAGGCGCUACCAAUAUUUGUCGAUGGUGGAUCGAUUAUUUUAAAUGCAUCUGUAGGUUCUAUUAAAGGAUAUCCAGGUGAAAGCGUUUAUAGUGCAUCAAAAGCAGCUGUACGAUCAUUUGCUCGUUGUUGGACAGUCGAUUUAAAAGAUCGUCAUAUUCGUGUUAAUGCAAUCAGUCCAGGAUUAACGGAUACUCCAGCAUUAGGAGCCAUAGCACAAGGUGAAGCAGGUGAACUUCUUGCAAAUCUUAUGGCUACUGCUCCAAUUAGUCGUCUUGGUACACCUGAUGAAAUAGCUAAAGCAGUCGUUUUUCUCGCUUCUGAUGAUAGUAGUUAUAUAACUGGUAUUGAACUUUUUGUUGAUGGAGGUCUUGGACAAAUUUGA